UGUGUGUGUGUGUGUGUGUGGAGGGAGAGGUGAUUUAUGGGUAGGGCUUUUGGACAGGGUUUUGGAAGUUCCUUUUCUCAGCUAAAGGGAAUGUUUAAAAGAAUGUAUCUAUAAAUAUAUAUAAUUGAACUAUAAAUAUAAGCUAAUAUCUAAUUUUAAGAGAGAUGGUUUCUGCUAAACAAGCAUAUGGCUGGAUGACUGGCUGUUAGGAUUUAAAAUCGGAUUAGCAGGCUCCUUUGAUUCUAGUGUAUGUGUGGGUGUGGGUGUGUAUAUGGAGUGAUGUGUACAGAUGUGGGUUUAUGUGUAUAUGAAAGAAAAGGACACUAGUAGACACGCACACAUACUGGAUGAAGUAUAAGGGGAUCUCUGGUUUUGAAGUCUGUAUAGGUAGGAUAUUUAAUGACCACAAGAGAGCAGGCAUACAACAAUGUGACGGAAUCCCAAAACGAAUCCUAAUAACACUGAUUCUAAUGGUUUGGUUCUAAUGACGUCUGCUAACAACUUUCUGUCUGCUGCAGUUUACAGUGUGUAUGUCGGAGAAGACGUUGGGUUUUCAUAUCCAACUCUGGACUGUCCAUGCUAUUCCGUACGGAAGUGCCAAAGUGUUCUAAAGCUGCCACUUCCCAUCAUCAGAAUGAAACUGAUUAGCUUGCCUACACCUGGGAGGUCUGGCGUAUUACAUUAUGACACCUGGCAGGUCUGGCGUAUUACAUCACGACACCUGGCCGGCCUGGCGUAUUACAUCAAGACACCUGGAAGGCCUGGCAUAUUACAUCACGACACCUGGCAGGCCUGGCCUAUUACAUCACGACACCUGGCAGGCCUGGCCUAUUACAUCACGACACCUGGCAGGCCUGGCGUAUUACAUCACGACACCUGGCAGGCCUGGCGUAUUACAUCACGACACCUGGCCGGCCUGGCAUAUUACAUCACGACACCUGGCCGGCCUGGCAUAUUACAUCACGACACCUGGCCGGCCUGGCAUAUUACAUCACGACACCUGGCAGGCCUGGCCUAUUACAUCACGACACCUGGCAGGCCUGGCAUAUUACAUCACGACACCUGGCAGGCCUGGCCUAUUACAUCACGACACCUGGCAGGCCUGGCAUAUUACAUCACGACACCUGGCAGGCCUGGCGUAUUACAUUAUGACACCUGGCAGGCCUGGCGUAUUACAUCACGACACCUGGCCGGCCUGGCCUAUUACAUCACGACACCUGGCAGGCCUGGCCUAUUACAUCACGACACCUGGCAGGCCUGGCGUAUUACAUCACGACACCUGGCAGGCCUGGCCUAUUACAUCACGACACCUGGCUGGCCUGGCGUAUUACAUCACGACACCUGGCAGGCCUGGCAUAUUACAUCACAAGCAGCGUCAGCACAUCCCUCCAAAAUCUUAAGAGAUGGGAUUGUUUACUUGCCAAUAUCAGUCAUGUUUUUGAAUCUGAGCACAUUUGCUCUGUUAGCAUUUUUAAUUAGGGUAUACAUAGGGAAUCAUGUACUAUUAGGAGAGAUUCACAAGAGAUUCAUAAUUCGUAAGCUUGGGGCAGGAAGUUGAUAAAGCAGUUUACAGUUUUCUGCUGCUCUCUUGUGGUCGUACGCUGUAAAUAAGACCACUUUUAACAUUUCUGUGCAUAUUAAGUCUAGUGGAAAAACAAAAAGCAUAGGCAAGUACUAAGAUAAUCAUCAUUUCAGAAGAGCUUAACACAAAUAUGCAAAUAUAUGCUAUGGUUUGGUCUCUUUCCUUGAGGUGACGUAAUAAGCUAAUAAGCUUUAAUAAUCUCCAUGAUGUUAGGUGCAAAUUCAUCAUUCAAUAUUACUUUUACUGUUUUUAUUUUUAUUACUUUGGUUUAGUUUUGAAUGGCUUUGGAUAUUCCAGAUGUCCACAUCAGGAGCUUUUUUUUUUUUUUUUCUCCGUCGCACUCUUCGCUGCAAAUCAAUCAGACAUCUCAAACCAGACUCUUGCUGCUGUGCAAAAUCCAUGUUUGGAAGGGAACCGCUCCACGGGGACGCGGAGGGAUCGCGGAGCCCUCGGCUAAUGGCCGUUUGCGGGAAGGCUGGAAGGAGCCGGCGUGUCCUGCUCAGUCGUCGUCAGGUGGUCACCCUCUCAUACGCGGUUCAGAGAGGGACUCUGCUAUGGACGGAAGAGAAGGACCUUGCUGCUCGCUUGCUCUCUCUGUGACUUGCCUGGCUCUACUUCACCUAGUAUAAGCUUCAUCCAGCGCAGUGAGACGGAUACACAGAGAAGGCGGUUUUCUCAACAAACAAUGCUCCUCACCUUCUUCAGACCCAGGCCGGCAUCACUGCCUCCAUCGCCUUACAGAACUCAGCUCGUCUCAAACAGCCAACUUGAUGCCACCGGUUUACUCGCAGGAACUCAGAUCUCACAAGGGAAGACCUAAAACUCACGCAUGCAUACAUACAAACACGCACGCACACAUGGGUACACACACACAAACAUUUAUGGGGACUGUCUCCACCAUGGAUUCAGCAGGGAAGAGUUCAGGUGUCACGGCCCCCCCGGCUUGGACCCUGUUCCCCCUGGUACAGAAAGGUGUGGAACAGGGUCUCCAACAAUGAUACCCCCCACCCCCUACUAUUUUUCCUUUUGUUUUGUUUCAGUAUGGUCAGUAUUUAGAGUUUCUUUGGGUUGAGCUUUCAUGCAUUUUUCCUUUUGGAAUGGUCAUAAGCUUGAGAAAAGAGUUUAUUGCUUGUGUGGACGUGCUGGUCUUUGUAUCCAGGUGAUCUCCAGACUGUGGAUGAAGCUGUAGGCGUGAGGUGGGUCUAGCAGCAGAGCAGUUAAAGGAAGGUCUGGCUUUGGGAUUUCAGCACAGCUGUUCGUUUUUGCUGUGCACUCGUCAGGAACCUGCCCUCUGAAAGCACAUGGCAGAGGAGAACGUUGCAGGCUUGCUCCGCUUAUGACUGUACACUGUUGGGUAGUUACUAGGACGUAGUGCUAAUGACUUGGACGUGGGCUAUAAACCCAGGUCAGGAAAAACCCUGCAGAAAUCUAGACUGUAUGGAGCUCUAGAGUCCUCAUCAGGUCAGGCACAACAGACAAAAUUGAGAUCCUGAACUGAGUUGCGUCUAGGUAGUGUUUGAUGUGUAUGUUGGGCCUGGGCUUUUAUGCUGAUUGGUGGUGAUUUUUAACAUUUUUAUUUUAUUUUUAGCCAAGAAGAGUCUUGGAUGACUCUGAAAGCUGACUGUGUAAGACACACACAGACAGGUGCCGUUGUCAACCAAAAUGAACUACCUCUCCAGUUUGCACACAUUUAGUAUGUGAUUGUGUUUGUUUGUUUUGUUUUGUUUUUCCACACACACACACACACAUAAAUUCUUUCUCUUAUUUAUUCCCUUCUCUUUCAAAUGCUGGACUGUUUACCUCAGUUACCUGUAUAAUAAGCCUGGAGUUCAGAGGACUCUGUCUCUUGCUUCGGGGCGCAAUCCGGUUCCUUUCCAUGCUACGUGUAGCGUGGCCAUGUGAACAGUGCUGCAGCUGCUUGCUGCAGGAAUGUCAAGGCCCCGUCUGCUUGGUAAGACGUUUCUCCGACCUGAACACUACUUUCCGUCAGUAUUAGCUUGCACUGCUGCCAACAGCCAGAGCCUUUGACGACCAAGCUGACUAAAUCGAGACUGUGCUACUCAAGCUUGAUAAGAGAAGUCGAUUUACAAGUGUUGUCUUUCUGCUAUUGAGGUGUUACAAUGUGUUGUGCAGUUUCUGAGCGGUUGGCUGCAUUUUUUGUAGUGUUUAUGGUGUUUCCGCACUGUAGCUUUUGGUGAGCCAUCGUUUGCAGCAUAUGAAAGUGUUGAAAGGUAUCGGAGCUCGUGAAUCUUUUGCUGCACGCUCCUCUGCGGCUCUGUCUUUAUCUUUCUCUCUCCUUACACCCUGUUCCACACAGCAGCCUUAUUUUUCACUUAUGCAAAGCAAAAAGAACAAAACUGUCGCAGGAAAAAAGGUUGCAAACUUGUCAUGGACUCAAGCCUCGCGUAUACCAAACUCUGACUUAUCUUCAUUACUCACUCCUGCUUUGCCUUUCAAUGUUCCAGCAUUGCUGGGUUCCUGUCUGAAGGCUUCCUUGCUGCUUAAAACCUCUUCUGCUACCUCCUCACUUACUGGUUUACACACACACACACACACACACACACACAGUCAUACACACAAUCUACCAGCAGUCUUGCUUGUAACAUGCUAAUUUUUAUGGAUCUAUACUCUCAUUCAUCAUAGGAAUUGUAUUAUUAUUAUUAGCUUUUGUCAGAUUGAAUAUGCAACAGACUGACCUCCGGGGCCAAUGGUCAGCAUUUGCUCAAUUCAAUCAUCCAUCCACAUGCUAGCUCAGUUACAAUACCUCUGUGUGCCUAAAACCCAAAGCCUUAUUUUGGGAGAGUGUUGAAGUUUUAAGCUGCUGGUUUCAGUGCAGAAGUGUGCAGGCCAAGUGGUUCUGCCAAACAUUCAUUUAUUAGCCUGCACUCCUUAGCUGGACAGAGUCAAUCUAGAGUCAAUGCUACUUGAGCUACAGAACUCCCAACCAAUGGUUCCAGAGUGCAAGCAAAGGGGUGGCUGUGAGUUCUGUGGGUGUGGUUGACUCUAGAUUUCGUCAUUCUGGUUUUGGAGCCCAGAGAAUACAGACUGAAAGGAUGGUCCAAAGCCAAACGUGAGGAAAGCACAUGAGGGGAAGCUCUAGAUCCACACACUUGUCUCAGACAGAAAGGUGGAGAGAAAGUCCUGGAGUCAGCUGCCUUCCUCUCAGUCAUUACUUUUAACCUUUUAUUCAAAACGAUAUGCUUUAGGUCUGUAUGGUACAGAACAUGCUCUAUACUGUUCAGUUGCGUGUGCAUUCUCUCAGGUAAAAGAUUAGCAUGGUGAAUUUUCUUAUUAUUAAAUGGAAUUGUCAUGCUUAUGUUGGCAUUAAAAGAAUUAUGAACUGUAUUCAUCCAGCAAAGAGCAGAUAAAUAUGCAAUAUGAAGACUAAAUGCGCAUAGAUUUUAAUCAUGAAAUUUGUGUCUCAGGCUAAGAAAAAACAUACAAAGACAGAAAGCAACAUAUAUUUUUGUAUCACUAUUGUAGCAUUUUUCAUAAUGUGGUCGUGUACAAACCUUUUUUAAAAAGUGGAUAAAGAUUAGUUACCAUCAUGCUUUUACAGAAGCGGGUUUUCAGAUCAGUCCUUCAUUGUGCUGAGGCUGACCCAGUUACAUUCUGUCUGAGGCUGCUUGGCUGGAGCUCUGGAUGUCCAGGGUUUCCCCUUAACGUUCUACAUUAGCAUCUGUAGAACCUACUCACAACCACCAGAUUCAUGCCUACUGCCCCACUGAAAUAAUAUGGACCUAAUGUGCAUGGAGUUCUAGAAUAUACAUGGCUGAGAGCCUGGAUCUAACCUAACUCUGGUGGCACUGUACUGAUCAGCAGGAACUCAAAACGAGCAGCCUUUUUUGAAUUGCUCAGCCAAGUUGAGUGGAAUACCUGAACACUCAGUUCUCCCCAAGCCAGUGGUGGGUGUUGUGGAUUUUAGUGGACCUUUCAUGGCUUUCCAAAAUAUAGUUGUGAAAAAUGUUUGUGAACCCAUUGGAAUUACUGUCAUUUCUGCAUCAAUGGCUCCUGCAAUAUGGUCAGGUUUUUUAAUCUGAGUUUUAAAAACCAUAUAAACAUAUGUUGCCAUACCUAUCAAGUGGUUUACACAGUGAGAGCUUAUUAAUAGGAAACGUAUGUGACCCUCUAGGAUAAUGGUGUCACGAGUUCCACUCAGGUCAAGUGUAGCUCUGACACACCAUAUGCAGUAAUACAAACCUUUGCAAUUCUUGUUAUCUGCUCAUCACAAGGAAUUCUCUGUCCUUGCUGCUUUCUCUACAAAGAGACAUGUAUAAAGAUCUGUGUAAAAGCCUUCUGUUGAAUUCUUGACCAAGUAUUGAACCCCGGGGCGACGGCCGAGGAUCAGCAGUUAUCUUCUGCACUGUCUGCGUUCACCAUUCUGCCACAAGCACUGAAGGAAUGGGGCUCAUGGAAGAAAUCACUGCUUUUUCUAGUGUCACUGCCCUCUUCAGAGUUUGCCUGCUGAUAAGUUACAUAGCACUCCGAAAAUAAUUUGCCACAGUUUGUGCACAUGGAAAGAAGUGUAAUGGUUUUAGUGUAUGUGGAGAAAACAAAAUGCUGUGUAGCGGCAGCAAAACCUCCUUAAACAUGCGGGAAGAGGUCCAGUAUUGUAAAUCCACAAAAGAGCAUGACAGUCGAGACCUGAAAUCUAUUAAGACUACUUGAGCAGCACAUACAAGAAAUAAACUGUGAAAAGUAGUGUAGAGCCUCGUAGGACUGGUCACCAGCUACAAAAAGCAAACAAAAAAGUUUUGUCAGUAAGAGGUUGAAGCAGGCUUUGAACACAACGGCUCAUGUACGUUUUCCAUCAGUAACCGUGACUGUGUAAACAACUUCUCAACAGUUAUGGCAUAAUUACAGGUUUUAUUAAAUAAGAGAUUAUGAUUUAGAUAAUGAUUGUUUCACAAGUUAUUUUUUAUUCCAAAGGGUCCACAAACUUUCUCACAGCUGCAGACCUAACUGGCAUACAUGCACACAUGCUAUCUCAUUUCCUGUACCUUUGUAAUCCCAAGAUAAGCACUUGUGUAUUUGAUACUCCAAAUAAAGCUAAAACACUCAUAUCAGUCUCACUUCAAGUACCAUAUUGGCUUAGACUGCUAGGCCUAGGCUUAACACUGUAAGGAUUUCCAUGCUCUAACCAAGUAGUAUUGCCAUAUUUCCCUAAUAUUUGUCUAUUUUGUGUUGAUGUCUCUCCUAUCUUCCCAAAAGUCGCUCCAUUACAUUUAUUUUGUGCGUUGUAUGUAGUAAAUGAAAUGUUUUGGAGAAAAUAAACAGCUGUAUAUAGUGA